UUCCUUCCUUCUCCCCACCGUGCCACUUUGAGCGGUAACAAAAAGAACGCCGCCUUCUCGGCAUUCCUCAUUCCUCAUUCCUUCCUUCCCUGCUCCUCAACCUGUCUUCUCCACAGUCUCCCUGGCGUUGCCCAACAAACUAGCGCCGUUCACACCACAGCACCACACCACACCGCGCUGGACAGGACACAGCACCACCUCGACUCAUUCUCGUCGCUCAUUCAUCCCUCAAGUUCAUCCUUGAUCAACAGCAACACUAACCUCCCCUCCCCCCGAAGAAUCGCCUGUCGCCGUUGCUAAUCAGAGCUCCUCUGAUUCCUACCGACUUCUUCGGGGACUACUUGAUACCAACAGCACGUCGGCCUCUGCACCUUUCUGACAACCACUGUCUCAAUUUUUAUAUCCCCGCAAUGCCUCCUCCACGAAAGAAGAGCGCAGCGGCCAAGGGUCCAACCUCGAUCGCAGAAGGCCUCUCAUUACAUGACAAGCAAGAGGCCAUCGCACAGAUCCUCGAGAGGCUGUCGAAUCUCACCGACAAAAGUGGUCGCUCAAUAUCAGAGCUCUUUCUGGAACUACCUGACCGCGAUGAGUAUCCGGACUACUUUGAGAUUAUCAAGACUCCGAUGGCACUCGAUAUGAUCAAGGAGCGUUUCAAGGCUGGCAACUAUGUGGACGAGAGCAUCAGUGACUUUGGGAAGGACCUCAAAACCAUGACCUCCAACGCCAAAAUCUACAACCGGGAUGGCUCAAUGGUUUAUAGAGAUGCGACCAUUCUGGAGAGUUAUAUCGAUGUCGCAUUGAAGGCGUUGAAGGGCGAUGGCGCCUUGCAACUUAAGAAGGAAGAGUUCUCCAUGGAUUUUUGUCAACGCAUCCUGGAUACUAUCAAAAACCACAAAGAUGAAAGAGGAAGACAGGUAGCCGAGUUGUUUCUAGAGUUGCCAAGCAAGGAAGAAUAUCCUGAUUAUUACGAAGAGAUCGCCAAGCCAAUUGCUAUCGACAUCAUUGAAGAAAAGGUCGAGAGGGGCGCUUAUCCCACAAUGGAAAGCUUUGAGAAGGACAUGAACCUGAUGUUUGCCAAUGCCAAGUACUACAAUGCCGAGGGCUCAGACGUCUAUCUUGAUGCAGAGGAACUUCAGCUACUCUUCUGGAAAUCGAUCGGCAAAAAUGGACGAGGCAGGCAGACCAAGGGAAAGCGUGCGCGGAAACACGAGAUCGAACUAUCAGAAGUUGUACAAUGCGGACAGACAUACCGAGUCGGCGACUUUGUACAUAUCCAAAACGACAGUGAUCCGUCAAAGCCCACGAUUGGCCUUAUCUUCAGCUUGUGGAAGGAUGAGAAGGGAGCUGAGGGGCUCGAUGCGGUUUGGUUUUUGCGACCGGAGCACAUCGUACACCCAUACGCCAGUCGCUUUUAUCCUUCGGAGGUCGUCAAAGCAUCAGGAGUUCACGAGCAUCUCGUCAGCGACAUUUUGGAGCGGUGUUUUGUUUUACAGCCCAAGGAUUAUAUCCGCGGACGACCAGACAACUGGGAGGAAGGCCAGAGUAUUUACGUUUGCGAGCAGCGUUACAACGACUCUUACAAGUCUGUUUCAAAGAUCAAAAACUGGGCAAGCUGUCUGCCUGCCGGUCAAAAGCCAGGGGACAUUCAAUUGAAACUGUUUCCUCAGUCCCUUGUGAUCAAAAAGCUGCCUAGUGCUUCCAUGAUGGAUAAGGCUGGGCGGAGGGAUACCAGCGAAUCGGUUUCGCGAGCCAGCACACCUCAGGAUGCGUUCUCUUCAUACGCUUCAUCACGGGAAGCUUCUCCAAAGCCGGAACCAAAGCCAGAACCAAAACCAGAGCCACUUAAGACGACAAAGUCCAACAAGCGCAAAUCAGCUCAGAUGAAUGUAGGAUCACCCUUAGCCAAGGCGAUUGCUACUGAAGAAGUAAUACGGGCGGCCCCAGUGCCAUCUACUCUGCAAGGGCGAGUCGCCUCCCAAGGCCAAUAUCGAUUCCGCUGCAACUAUUCGAACCUGAGUACAAAACAGCAAUGUGGCUCUACAUUUGUGAAUGAGAUGGAGUUGCAGCAGCAUGUUGCCGCAGAACAUGCGAGUGUCCUCACUAACGCCAGUCCUGUGCCAGCAUUAAAGAGAGGUCGACCCAAGAAGUCAGAGUCGAACAUGGAGCCCAAUGUGGCAUCCAUGCCCACAACUGCAGCGUCACAUACUGCUGGGGCAAUGGCAGCAGAUCAGAGCGCUUAUCAGCAAACCUCAUACAGUAUGUACAACUCUGCGGGACAGUACGUACCCUCACAGACCCGAGUAGCAGUGUCAGGGCAGGUCCUACCAAGUCAGACCAUGUACUCCGGAGCACCCUACCAACAGUCAUCUCAGCAUCAAUCGACACACUACAUGCAGCAAACGGAUCAGCGAGGCAUGCCAUAUCCGCCACAGUCAUAUGGUCAUCCUGCACAAGGAGGACAGUCUCGACCACAGGGAUAUUCACAGGGAAUGGCCUAUAAUCAGGCGUACGGUUACGGGCAAUCAUACCCAGUACAUCAGCAACAGCCGCAGCACGCUCAGCACCAGGGAUACUCCUACGGACAACCACAAUACUCCCACGGAUAUUCUCCUCAGGGACACCCUACGCAUCUGCAAAGCCCAUAUGUGCAAACGUAUUCACAGUCUUACUCGUCUUCUGAGCAUGCGCAUUCGCAUUCGCAUCAGCAACCGUACGACCCCUCCUACUCGGCUUCACCACAGUACCCACAGCAGGGCCGUCAUCAUCUUUCGCCAUCAUCAAGCUCACAGGGACAAAUCAGCCACCAGCAGCAACUGGCUCAGCAGCAGCGCCUCGUUCAUCAGCAGCAAUUGGUUCAACAGCAGUACCUAGCACAGCAGCAGCAGCUGGCACAGCAACAGAUGCAGCAGCAGCAACUGACGCAGCAACAGCAUACAGGAUAUCAUCAGCGAAGUCUGUCCCAGUCGCAAACAGCAGCGGACUCGCAGCCGAACCACCAACAACAGCAACAACAGCACCAUCAGCAGCCCAUGUAUACGCCCCAGUCGCCUGUGUCCAUCAUCGCAUCGCAACCCUACGCAGCAUUGAAUCCACCCUACCAGCAGCAGCCGUAUGCACAGCCGACCAGUCUUGCAUACAGCACUAGCGGACAUGCUCCUUCACUUUCCAACGCGUCCUCUCAUGGAUCAAUCUCGACUGUGACAAACACGAUGGAGGGUGUCGGGCUUGGUCUCUCUGGAGUCACUAAUGCAGAUCACGGACGGGUCGCAACGCCCACUGUGUCGACAGACACGGUCUCCUCUAGCUACCCUUUCAAAGGAGUUGUAAUAGAGGCUGUCGCCAGCAACGAUAAGAAUCAAGACCAGUAUUUCACAUCGCCUCACAUGGAUGGUGCGAUUCUGCCUUUGUCCCAAUCGAAGCCUCAGCAUUCGGCAGAAUAUCUUGUAGCAAAGAGACAGCGAAUGGAUAGUACUCCAGAUGGGAUUAAUAACGGCAUGAUACUUGGUCAAUUGGUUGAUGGUCACGGCCACGGUGCAGGCAUGGACAAUGGUGGGUCUACGAUGAGCGCGAGCACAGCACCAAGUAACCCCAAUAAUGGCAAUGACUCGUCGCCGGUUAUUCUUCCUGGCAUCAAUGCGUUAACAAAUCAGCUGGACAGGGGAGGUGAGGUUAGCCAGUAGAUUGGUUGACUCUUUGCCUGCUUUACUCUCUAUCUCCUUCAUCACAAUUCUUGCAUUUACAUUACCGAGAUCGAAUAAACACGAGCGUAAAGUAACUUUUAAGAUUUUGGCCUGACAAGCAUGGGCGCGACUAACCGGUCAA